AUGUUGACAACACAUCAUUUGCCACAUUUGCAUCAUCAUCGUGGCAGCACAGCAGUGGAGUUUCAUACAGUCACAAAUCCGAGUACGCUCAUUGUGGAAAUCAACAGCCAAGUGGCGCUCUUCCGUGAUAUGCUAAUACAUGUGGGCCAAGCCAGGGACUGCCCCGAAUUGCGGGAGAAAAUUCGUAAAUUGCGCCGAACCUGCGUGGAGGCGUGCAAGCACACGGGUCAGAUAAUCAUACCGCAGGUGAAAAGCGCUGUCAGCGAAGGCGUGCUCACCGAUAAUCCACAUCUUGUGCUGCUCUUCUAUCUGGCGCAACGUUUCCUACACGAACUAAUAAAAAGUUAUCGCCUCAUACAGGUGGUGCCAAUGGACAUGUCCGGUUAUUAUGAGAACCGUGCUGGGCCCUCGAAUCUCGGCAAUGUCAUCAGUCAAAUACUGCUUUGCAAACAAAUAACACCCGACUUCAAUCAAGAGGAAUUAUGCAGCAUUACGAAGGAUUCGCAGGAGAUAGCUGUGCUGCUGGCCGAAAUGCAGGAGUACAUGCCGCAGCACGACACAUAUCUCGAACGCAGCGCCGCGCUCGACUCGGCGAAGAGCAGUCACAACUUCAUUUACAAGAAUAUGAGUUUGCUCUGUUGUAUGUCACGUCCGAAAUAUCUCUGAGAGGAAACCUAGGGUCUGGUGCGGGGCCAGUGCCCCGUUGUGAUAACAACGACACAACCAGCAGUCACAAAAGCAAUAACGGCUGAAACAGCUGAAACGGCAAAAGCUACAGUAGCAACAACUACACCUGCUGCAACAAUGUCAGCUGCCAACACUGUCGUCGCAAUGACAACAACAACAACAACAACAGCGACGUCAUCGUCAGCAACAACAAACCCAACAUUAAGCAAAUGGACGGACACCCUGUGUCAAUUGUGUCGAACAAAAAAUAAUGCAAAUAAUACUUCAUAGUAGGCAAUUAAGAUGCAGGCGUACAUUAAGUAGAUAAAUAGAAAGUAAAUAGCAAUUAACAAUUAUUGUGGUUGGGCAUAUAUACUUAUACUAUAUAUUGUAUAUACAUAUGUAUGUGAAUAUGAGUUGACUAGUUCGUAAGUGUAGUUGUAAAGACACCAAGCAAGCAAGCACCUAAGCGAGUAAGUAAAUCCUUAGCCGUUAGCUAAUUAUAGGCAAACCAACAAACAAGCAAAGUAAAAGUCAAUAAAUAUAAUGAUAAAUGCGGAAAUUACUUUUUUGUUAAUAACGCACACUCGCAUACAUACAUACAUACAUACAACUUUUUGGUUCACACAUCUGUAUAUAUGCCUUAACUUCCGCACCUUUGUCCAUUCCCAAUUGAGUUACUAAAUAUAAUUGCGGUGCACUUAGUUAAAUAUAGAUUCAUAAAUACACAUACACAUAUGUAUUAUAAACGCACACUCACCCACACCCACACACGUGCAUGUACACCUACAUACAUUAAAAGCUUUCAGCAUUUUCAAAAUAACUGUAUUUAAUAGCGACUAAAUAAAGUAAUUAAUUUAUAGGUUAGCAUUAAAAUGAAUUAGUAAAAUCAGAUAUUAGCAUGUGGCAAGUCCGUGCUCUUGUCGUUAUUGGCUGCAUUAAUGAAAUUAAAUUUGAUUUUAGUUAUGCGGUGGCGUGCAGAAUAAACUUAAAUACCAAACAAUAAUAACAGUAACUUUUGAAAGCGAAAUUGUAGCAAAAAUUUCUAAUAUUAUGUGAUAAUUUUUUAAUUUAUUCAAUUUGUUCCCAUAAUUUGAUAUUGUUUCUUAAAUAUGCGAAUCUGAAUUGUGAAAAUGAAAUUCAACACCUAAAUUUGAUUAAUAGGUUUUUUAUGUUUACAUUGCUCUGAAGAGAAGAGUUUAAUGAUAUUUAAUAUUCAAAAUAAACAUAGAAUUUGUCAUACAAAUAUUCAUUUCAUGAGCACCAGAUAGCUAAACUCCAAACUUCAUUCU